AAUUAUGGGCAUUCAUCCGCAAGAUUAAACGUUGUCCUUGUUCACCCUCUCUGUUCGUGUGAUCAGUUUGUCAGAGAUGCAUCAUAGCUUGUGCGAUCUAAAACAAAUAUUUCUCUCACAAGUUUUGAGAAUCAUUUUCAAUUGCAAAUCACAAACUCGGGAGUGCACAUGAAAUCCAGGAAAACAAUAUAAAUAUAGGGAUGGUGGGAGUCAAAAAUCAUUUUCCUUUAGCAGAUGGUCAAAGCUUACGUCAUUUCGUAGUGUAUACAAAGUAUGAAACAAAUCCGAUGAUAGCCGUACCGUACAAUCAAAUCUCUUCAUCUAAGCUCUCCACGUUCCCCUUUCUUUCUGCUACUCCUUUCCCUCACUUACAGGCUCACAUUUUAAUCUCAGAUCCAAAGAAAAAUCCCAGGCGACCAGAAAAAGGGGAAAGAAGAAACAGGGAAGAAAAUGUCAAAACUCUCUAGCACCCUCUAUCUCUGUCUACGUUUUCUUGUUUUCGUGAACACAAUUUCGAAGCUGUUGUUUGCAGCAAACUCUAGAACAUAUCCAGCUGAUAUUCAAGUACUCAAGGAUCUGAAACAUGGGGUGGACCACCGGUCCAUUGCUCCCGGAUCUUGCUUGAGCUUUUGGGAUUUUUCCUUGGACCCAUGUGACAACAUUUUCACAGAGCAUUUUACUUGCGGGCUCAGGUGCGAUAGAAUCGUCUCUGGUUAUGCUCGAGUCACAGAGAUCACCAUUGACCCUGUUGGUUACUCUGGUUCACUCACCUCAACUUCAUGGAACCUCCCUUAUCUACAGACCUUGGACAUCUCGGACAACUCGUUCUCUGGCUCAAUUCCUGACUCCCUCUCCAACUUAACUCGUUUGCGUCGACUUGGUCUGUCUAGGAACUCACUCUCUGGUGAAAUACCCGUCAUUCUUGGCUCCCUCUCUCACCUUGAAGAACUCUACCUUGAUAGCAACCAUCUCCAUGGACCCAUUCCUUCAAGCUUCAACAAUCUAACAAGCCUGAGGCGACUUGAAAUCCAACAAAACGAUAUCUCUGGUGAGUUUCCCGAUCUGGGUUCACUCAAAAACCUUUACUUCCUAGAUGCUAGUGAUAACAAUAUAUCCGGCGGAGUUCCUGCAACACUGCCAACAUCUCUUGUGGAGCUCUCAAUUCGAAACAAUAAACUAGGAGGAAAUAUUCCAGAUAACAUCGAGAAUAUGAGGUUUUUGCAAGUUCUAGAUCUCAGUCACAACAUAUUAUCCGGAUCAAUAUUAUCAGUUCUUUUUGACCAUCCGUCCCUGGAACAGCUUACUCUUUCUUACAACAACUUUUCAUAUUUAGAAGUACCUGGUGACAAGGGGUUAAACAGUAACUUAAUAGCUCUUGAUUUAAGCUACAACAAGCUUCGAGGUUUCUUGCCAGCUUUCAUGGCUUCGAUGCCAAAGCUUGCAGCUUUAUCUUUGGAGCAUAACAAGUUCACAGGUAUGAUACCAGCUCAGUAUGCACUCAAAGCCGCUGUACCCCGGACCAAUACUUCGUCUUUUGAGAGGCUGUUGCUGGGUGGGAAUUACUUGUUCGGGCCAAUUCCAGGACCUUUGCUGGGUCUCAAACCGGGUUCUGCUCAAGUCAGCCUGGCGGAUAAUUGCUUGUAUCGGUGUCCUGACGCUUUCUUCUUCUGCCAAGGUGGGGAUCAGAAAUCCUUGGUGGAUUGUAAGAGCUUUGGGCCUGCAAUUCCUUAGAAACAAAGUAACCCCGAAUUGUAUUAUAGUAAUGACAUUAUUCCCUAGUUUGUCUUUACCUACAUUUUUACUGUGAAAGGUUACAAGUUUCAGAGAAACAGCAGAAAAUUUCCCCUUUUUA